AUGUUAAGCUUAGUACAGGCCUUAAAAACUUCAGGCAAUGGCAUUUUCCUCAACACUUGUGUUGUCAUCACCCUCACCCUCUUCUCUAUCUCAGCCACUGUGCCUAUGGCUCAAGCCCUCAUAGUCGAUAACGCGAACAUUACAACUGUGCUCAGUGAGGGCACUAUUGUUUGUGCCAACACCUCUUUAUCUACGCCUGGAACUUUUAAUGUGAUUCCCCAAGCACCAGUUGAUCUGGUGUGUGGAAAUGCCACGCUCCAAUCAACUCAAACCAGUCUUACAGGUGUUUAUGUGUUUGCCUUCAACAUACCUAAUACUUUGAUCUUUGACCCAAACACAUGUGAGCUCCACGUCACAAUACUAGCUAACACUUGCACCUUCCCCAGUCCUGAGGAUUCCUCUUAG